CUCUUAAAGAUCGUGUUGCCCGACUUCUAGAUUCGCGAGAACGAUCUUAGAUUUGAAGCGUCAACUUGACUUUUUCGAUACUACAAGAAAAGAUGAAGCAUUUCAGCACGUUCGCACUGUCAGCGCUGGGCUUUGUGUCAGUGGGCAAAGCACAGCCCUCCGUAUGGUGGUUGAACCAGAAUUGGACUGACAUGGCAAUCCCUUUUGUUGACUACUCAGCCGAGGAUUCCACAGACUAUUUUGCGUAUCCAGGAACGCUAUUGGGAUCUUCAGGAGCUGAAUCGACAUAUGGCGUAUUCUGCGCUGCCGAAUCGACGUCUCAAUGCUUCGGAGACUCGGGCUGGACAUCCAUGACUCUUGUCACAAGUCCAAAGACUAUGGAAAUCAUCUUCGAGGAAGUCGGCGCAUACAUGACGACCGGCUGUACUCUGACUGGAACGCCUUUCCCAACCACCGGCACCUGCUCGGAAACCUUUACCACAUCAAACGGAACUUCCGUGUCGGAUAGUAGCACUACGUAUCUGGUCCCAAGCACGAGUACAGAUCCGAUCGAUGGAUUUGUGUUGUCAAAGAAUAUCUACACCGCAACUGUGGCGGUGAUCGAUGCAACAGUAACGCCCAGUUCAGGGUCAUCAUCGACUGCCUCAUCAACUGGUGGCAAAACCGGAGCUAGUUCGAGUCCGAUAGGAAGUGGUUCGAGUACGUCCGGAAGCGGCACUGCUACGCAUAAUGCUGCGAUGAUCACGGGUGCUUCGUCGUGGAUGUUACUUGCGGGGGCUAUCGCAGGAGCUGCUGUUGGGGUAUGAAACGAGAGAAGAGAUGAUUAAACGAUGUGAUUGUAAUGACUAUAGACUAAUGCCGAAAC